AUGAAAUUCACCGAAGGAAUGUGGCGGAUCCGAGAGGGGAUUCGAAUCGACUGGAUGAAUAAUGUCGAGCGAUUGCGCAUUGAGAAUGAGACAGUCGAUUUGUUGUUGAAUAAAUUCCAGCGGCAUCGGGGUGAUACAUUGAAUUCGGCUACGAUUUCGGCACAAGUCACCUCGCCUUUGGAGGGGAUUGUGGGAGUGAAGCUUGUUCAUUGGGCCGGCGGCAUCGGCAAAGGCCCACACUACGAACUCGCCCACUCCACCGGCCAUGUGCAGAUCCAGCACCACGAUAACAAAGCCCUGCACUACACGAGCGGCGGCCUCAACCUAGCCGUGACGACCGCCCCCAACGAACUCGACUUUGUAUUCUCCACCCCCGCCCCGACCUCCAAAAAACUCACCGGCCACUCCUGGCGCUCCAUCGGCUACAUCGGCGAUCAAACCACCGACAAAUCCCGCUGGGACGACGGCAUCUUCUUCGAGCGGCAGGGGUACAUGCUCGCCGCGCUGGACCUGGGGGUCGGCGAGAAGCUGUACGGGCUGGGCGAGCGGUUCGGCCCCUUCGUGAAGAAUGGGCAGACGGUGGACAUCUGGAACGAGGACGGCGGCACCUCCUCCGAGCUGGCGUACAAGAACAUCCCCUUCUAUCUGAGCAGUAAUGGCUACGGGGUGUUUGUCAACCACCCGGGCAAGGUCAGUUUGGAGCUGCAGUCGGAGCGCACGACGCGGGUGAAUAUCUCCGUGCCCGGGGAGGAGCUGGAGUAUUUUGUGAUUUAUGGGGGUACGCCAAAGGAGAUCCUCGAGCGGUAUACUGCGUUGACGGGGAGGCCGAGUUUGGUGCCGGCUUGGAGUUAUAAUCUGUGGUUGACGACGAGCUUCACGACCAACUACGACGAGCAAACCGUCACCGGCUUCCUGGAUGGAUUCCGGGACCGCGACAUCCCCCUCGGCGUGUUCCACUUUGACUGCUUCUGGAUGAAGUCGUAUCAGUGGUGCGACUUUGAGUUCGACUCGGCCAUGUUCCCGGACGCCGCGGGGUAUAUCAAGCGCUUGAAGGAACGGGGCCUGCGGAUUAGUGUGUGGCUGAACCCGUAUGUCGGACAGGCGUCGCCCUUGUUCCAGGAGGGUAAAGAGAAGGGGUAUUUCAUCAAGCGAACCGACGGCACCGUCUGGCAAUGGGACUACUGGCAAGCCGGCAUGGCGAUUGUCGACUUCACCAACCCGGCGGCAUGCGAGUGGUUCGCGCACCACCUGCGCCGCCUGCUGGCGCUCGGGGUGGACAGCUUCAAAACCGACUUCGGCGAACGCAUCCCCUACCGCCACGUCCGCUACUUUGAUGCCAGCGUCGACCCCGCGCGCAUGCACAACUACUACACCCUCCUCUUCAACCAACUCUGCUACACCACCCUCGCCGCCCACCACCCGGAGGCCGCCACCAACCCCGACUCCAACGCCGUCCUCUUCGCCCGCUCCACCGCCGCCGGCGGCCAGCGAUUCCCCAUCCACUGGGGCGGCGACUGCGAAUCCACCUACGAAGCCAUGGCCGAGUCCCUGCGCGGCUGCCUCUCGCUGGGCCUCUCCGGCUUCAUCUUCUGGGCCUCCGACAUCGGCGGCUUCGAGGGCACCCCGCCCCCGGACGUCUACAAACGCUGGGUGCAGUUCGGCUUGCUGUCCACCCACUCCCGCUUGCAUGGGAGCCACUCCUUCCGCGUCCCCUGGAUCUACGGCGAGGAUUGCUCCCAGGUCCUGCGCGCGUGCGUCAAGCGCAAGAUCGCCCUCACCCCGUAUCUGCUCGCCAUGGCCUUGCACGGCCAUCGGCGGGGGACCCCCGUGAUGCGUCCGCUGUUGCUGGAGUUUCCCCGCGAUAGGACUGUUUGGACGGUCGAUACCCAGUUCAUGCUCGGCGAUGCCUUGUUGGUGGCCCCGGUUUUUAGUGAGAGUGGGGUCGUGGAGUUUUACGUUCCCCGAACGGACGCGGACGCGGACGCGGACGCUGACGCUUCGCCCUCCGGUGAUGCAAGGGCGGGGAAAUGGGUCAGUUGGUUCGAUCACACCAAAACUUACGAGGAAGGGCGCUGGUAUACCGAGACCCACGGGUUUGAUACCCUGCCGCUGCUGAUCCGACCGGGGGCCGUCGUCCCGGUGAAUUUCAAAUUGCAGAGGCCCGAGGAUGAUCCGCUGGAUGGGUUGGAGGUGUUGGUUAAUGGUGCCAUCCCAACUGAAGGGGUGGAGGUGGAGGUGGUGGAUCCGGUGAGGACGCAUGAGGUGUUGCGGGUUGUAAAGUUGGCAGCGGAGGGUGGGGAGGUGAGGGCGGAUGUUGAGGGGGUUCGCGUGCAGGUUGUUCGGUGA